AUUCUGGGUACAUAAAGAGCAAAGUUUGAACGACACUAAUUAUAAAAUCUCUACUUGUUAUUAUUUAUACGCGAUGUAAUGUUUCAAUAUUUAGUAGUGGUGAAAGAAUGGUUAGUUGAGGAAGCUUUCGAGCACUAUUACGUUGGGGAAACAAUACCUGUCGAGAUUCGCUAACAUCUAGCGCAAAAAUGAAGGUCUACUUAUUUUUUGUUAUAACUCUUAAUUGUUAUUACAAUUAUGCCGUACUUGCGGAUUGUGAAAUUUACCCCCACGAGAAGAAUGCUCCGCUACUGAUAAAGCACGGAUCAAGUAGUUUUAUUUACCCUCAAAAUGGCUCCGAAACCGUCCCCUUUGCCGACUCUGAAGUUGUCGAUCUUUCCUGCCCUGGGAAAAAAGUAGUCCUGGGAGAAAAAAUCGUCGAUCAAGCAACAGUCCAAGCUACUUGCAUUUCAAAGUCUACAUUCAAAGUGAACGAAAAGGAGUACCAUUGGUCCCAGAUUAAGUGCAGCGCACAUCCACUUACUUCUGUGAGGAAAACUAGAAGGAAGUGUGGAUAUAGAUUCAUGGAAACAGACAUCGGAUUCCAGAUAGACGAGAACAGAUUUGUCACCACGUAUUCGGUGUGCUUUGACAAUGUCAACCAAAACACCCUGUACUCCUUCUUCAAUCUGACUCCAGCAAUAGCUUCUUAUGCUAGAGGAGUACCUAGACCUAAUUUCUAUGAGGACAAAGGGUUCUAUCAUGUUGGUGGACAACCCGUCUACAAGUUGUACACGAGGGUGGGUCAAAGAACGACUAUCAAUAAGUUGAUUGGACUUGAUUAUAGAAGCACCAAGUAUGUGCAGAAUGGUGCGUGGUACUUCCUUGCAAGAGGUCAUCUGAGUGCAAAAGCAGACUUCGUCUACGCAGCUCAGCAGGACGCAACGUUUAAAUUUUUAAACGUGGCUCCUCAAUGGCAAUCCUUCAAUGGCAAAAACUGGGAGAGGGUAGAAUCAUCAACAAGAGAAUAUGCUGUAGCGCACAAUACUUACUUGUUGGUAUGGACUGGAACACAUGAUGUAGCCAGUUUGCCGCAUGAGGAAUCUGGAGAGCAAAUCAAGCUAUAUCUAUACGUUGAUGGAGAAAAAAGAGGGAUACCUGUACCAGCCUUGUACUGGAAACUCAUCUACAAUCCAACAGCUAAGAAAGGAGUCGUUCUCAUAGGGCAUAACAACCCAUACGAGAAAAAUAUUGGCAAGCAUGUGAUCUGUCCGGAUGUGUCGGAAAAAAUCCAGUGGGUUAGUUGGAACAGGACAAACAUCAAGGAUGGAUAUUCUUAUGCCUGCGAUGUCGAAUCUUUUAGGAAAGUUGUCAAACAUGCGCCCAGUGUGUAUGUGAACGGGCUCUUAGUAUAGGGUUUUAUAGCAAUGACUAGAAUGAAAUAGUGGGGAAACAUCUACAAUUAUUUUUCUGGAUAAUUAAUACAAAUUAUAACAUCGGAUAUAUGUUUUUAUAUGUACAUAUAUGUAUACCUUUUUGAUAGGAUUGCGAUAGCAAAACGAAAUGUAAGUUGUCUAAGAACGGAAAUAUAUAGUGACAUUUAUGGAUAUAAUAAAACAAGAAAUAGACAUUAGACAUUUUUAUUAAACCUGUUAAAUAGCAUUAUAGAUUUGUAUUAAUGUUUGUUUAUUCUCUUGAAUAUGAACAAAUUAGUAUUGUUUUCUUAUUGUUAUGCGAGAUUUCAAUUCUUUGUCCUGUAAAUGGAAUUAUAAAAAAUGUGUUGGGAAAUAGAUUCUAUUGUUAUUAUUAUUAUAAUAAAAUAGUUGGG